AUGGCGUACCCUUAUCCACCGACCAAGUCUUUCAACCACAACGACCACUAUGAUUAUCCUGCACAAGCACCAAGCCCAAACCCCCCCUCACCUUAUGGCGAUGGCUAUGCUUACCGAGACGGCUACAAUCCCCAAAACAACUUGUAUCCUCCUAAUGCUCCCUCAGAUCCCCUAUCAUAUCCUCCGCAUCCAAUAACUUCAAUGCCAACACUGCCUUCACCGAACCAACGAACUCCACCGCCUCUUCAAUAUCCUCCUCAAUAUUCUCCAUCAUCUGCCCGCACACCAUCUCCACACCCACCGACGUCUCCUCACCUCCAACCGUCGCCGCAGUAUCCUCCUGUCUUAACAACCGGUUUUAAUUCACAGCCGGCCUCGCCAUAUUCUCCUUCUUCACCAUAUUCGCCUUCCUCGCCAUAUCCACCUACUUCGCCAACAGGGCAGCCAUAUGGACGUGAAUAUGCUCCAUCGGUGCACUCGACGAAAUCGAAUUCGAAUCUAUCGGCGUCUUAUCAUGCGUCUCCUCCAUCUCCUUCAACCCAUUCACGCUACCCUCCACCAUCACCAACGCAUUCUACUCCGAAUGCCAUAGUACCGUCACAUCCAACAAUGGAACCUCGUAAACCAAAAGACAAUGGAAUAGUACCAUCUCUUCCGACAAUGGAACCUCAUAAACACACAACUCAUCCGACCAAGACCGCACCAGCAAUGGUUGCCCCUUCAUAUACAGGUUCGAAAAGAAAGCGCCACAGUGGAUCUUCGAGAAAGCAUGACGAUGACUUUGCGGACUGUUGCUCUGUGUGUGGAUGUAUACGGUGUAGCUGUACAUUCUGUCUCAUAAUAUUUGCAAUCAUAUUUAUUUUGGUUGGAUUUGUCUUGAUUGGAUUCGCAUCCAAGUUGCCAUCAAAGUGUCCAUCGUUAUGUGAGCAUCCUGACAUUAAUAAUGCAAUAACGAGUAGUCCAGUUGGGAACAGCACUGGCAAUGCAGUGAAUGGAGCAAGUCAGACGUGCACUGGAACGUGUACGGUGGCCGUGUAUAAGACAUUAAAAUAUUCUGGUAUCGGCCUACUGUGUAUUGGGAUUUUUAUGGCCGCAUGUGUUGUACUAGGAAUGGUUUGUAGAGUUGGAAAGAGUGGUGGGCGAGGAAGUGGAUGUUGUUAUUGUUUCUGA